AUGCCCCAAGAUGCCAACUUAGAGGCUCUUGGGAGACACAGGCCCGCUGCUGGUGCUGGAGAGGACAUUUUCCGCAGCUUCGGACAGCAAGCACACGCAGAUGCCCGGGCGGCAGGAGAAGCAUGUGCGUUGGCUCAUCAACUGGUAGCCAGUGAGAGCCGAGGAGGUUCCUUUACUGGAGGCAACAUUCUUCCAGCUGCCCUGGCCGCUGGCCGUGUGGCGAAUCACGCGGACCGGACGGCAGCAACAGCCAGAGAAGGCGCUCAGCUCUGCAUGGGGAUCCUCGAAGAUGCAGUACAGGUGAAUGCCAGCGCCCUUGCUCGAGAAACAGCCAAGAGAUGUGCUGAGCAGGCCCUCCACAGCAUUGAAGCAGCGAUCCGAGCUGAGCAGCACAGCCGCUCUCUGAAGGAAGUCCUUGCGCAAACACUGAGUGUUGCAGAGCUUCAGGCAAGAGUCAGUUGUGGAAGUGCGGGCUUGCCAUCAGAUUUGGCUGGAGUGGCCUCCAAGCCGCCUCCCCAACCAUCCCUCAGCACCCGGUGGUGGGAGGACUUUCCACUCCAAGAGGUGGCUGAGGCCAACAUCGACUGGCCCUCACAGGACGUGUGUGAGUUCUAUGGCAACUUGGGCCAACACCUGGAGACCGCAGCGCGGAAAUGCAGCUUGGUCGGAGAUGGCCAUGCCUUCGAGGAAGACGCACGAGCGGUUGGCACCCUCGUCGAGUGGAGAUUCGCCAAGGCUGUGGCCCUUGGAAUCAACGAGGAGGAUGUUCUCAGUGACUCGGGACUUUGGCAUUUGGCAUGUUGGCGAGCGUCCGUUGGGGAGGAUCCAUCCAAACUACCACCAGAGUUGCGAAAACUUUUGAAUCGCUGCGGCUCAAGCCUUGUGUUGGCAUUGAGAGCAGCCUUCCAUACUCCUUUGCAGAUGCAGGAGGCGUUCACGCAUGAGAAGGUCGAACAGCUGCCCUUUGCUGGCACCUUUCAGCUGCCGCGUCGCGGGGUUGCUGCAGAGGAUGGAGAGUGGGAACGCGCUUGUGACGAGCUAGGUUGGAUCCCUUCAAGCUACAGAGACAAGGGAGUCACUCUGAAUGACACAGCGACAAUAGCUGCUGCCCAGUCUUGCAUGAGCUCUUCUCAAGCGCAGGAUGCUGCGGGAGCAGACGAUGAAUGGAGCGUGGAGAGCAUAACGCUACAGCAGCUGCAUGCUCUUUCGAAUCGCAGCCGGUCAUCCAAGACACAGAGCAAGCGCAACUCCUUCAACGCAGCUUCUGGGACAGCUGAGAAGCCUCCUCCUGCCCAAGUGCCGGCAGGGGAUGAAGGAGAAGAUGUGCGGGCAAUCUUGCAAGAACUGCUGGGAGACUGGGAUCGAGCCCAUCCUGACAUCACGCUGAACCGACGAGGUUUCGCCGAGGAUGAGGUGCUCAGAAAGGCUUCAGUGCCAGCUCAGGUGGCUGCACGUGCAGUCCAGCAGGUAUCUAUGCAACCCACACAGGUGUCAAUGAGCCCCUGUGUUGGAAGACCACAGCGCUCCUUUAAUGAAUCUGGAGGAACGCGAAUAAAGCAGCCGACCUUCAACGUCACAACUUCACCUGGCCCUUCACUUGGGCUUGGUGUUGAUCUCCUAGACGUCCGUGACACUGAACCUGCAACAGUCUGUGCCUCUUCCCCGGUGCACAAAUUGGUGGAACCCCCGCACCUCCUGCAAAGUGCAGCAUUGGCUGCAGAUGACGAUCGCUACAAUGAGGAAGAUGGCGACAGACUGUGGCUUUUGGAUACGGACUUGCCAGUUGAUCGGAAGCUGCACUCUUUUGGCGAGUUCCACGUUGGCAGCAGGGGUAGCAGCUACCUACCUGGAAAGUUGUUGCAGCGUUUGCCCCGCACCUUCAACGAGAGCAUGGAAAAUAUUGCUCAAGAACGCAGAGAGGAAUAUGGGAUGCCGAGAAGCGUGACUGGGCUCGGGCGUGGCUUUCGAGACUGGACUCGACCGGAAAGAGUCAACGCUGACUGGCUCCUCAGCCACCGAGCACGCACCUUCAAUGGCAGCUUGCAGGGCGACCGCUGCGGGAGUUCACCAGUACAGACACCUGCAGGGACCUUCAUUGCAACCCCAACCUGGAGUGAAUCCGGCGAGUUUGCACCUCGUCGUGAUGAUCCUUCCAGUCCUCUCUACGUGCAGGCAACACCACAAAGAUGGGCAAGUGAACACUGCCAGGAGAUGUCGCAGUCAUCAGAACUUCCAUGUCAAGGUGCACACUACCAGUACCAUCCCGGCUUCGGGCUCCUUGGGCCAGAGCAAGCUGCUUUCCUUGGGAUGUUCGCUUCCAACAAAUGA